AUGUCAAUAACUAACAACUUCGAACCUUCCCGUUUAGACAAAGGAAAAUUAGACCAAAUGUUAAGAGUACACAAACCUUUACAUUUCACAUCCAAAUACGCUUAUUUAACUCUUUGGGGAGACGAAAUUUCAAAUGAAACCCAAUUCGAAGAAAUUAUUAAUAGAAUAGCCGGAGCUACCAAUAAUGUGCAAUAUGCACAUGUUUCUCCUGUAGAAAAAGAUUCUCAAACAGAAAGUCCGCAUCAACACAUGCUUGUAGUAAUGAAACGCCCUAAGUCUUUUAAUGCUCAACCAAUUAUUAAUCAUAAAGACGGAACUAAACAAAAAUUUUGGUAUAGUAGAGUCAAUUCUUACACCGCACGCACGGGCGACAUUAGUGCUAUUAUCAAAUAUUUAAAAAAGAGAGGAGAAGGCAUGCAUAAAGGUAACCCAGAUAACAAAGAAGAUAUAAAACAAACUUGGAUUAAUGCACUUAAUGAUAUGGACAGUUAUCACGACUUUAAAGAAUUAGAAAAAAACCUCAUGGAAAUAAACGCAGAGAAGUUUAUUCAACAAGAAGGAAAAAUCAAAUCAAGAUGGUUACGCAAAAAUGCAAGGAGAAUAGACAUGGAGAAUUACACUAAACCAAACUUAUUUCCGUGGAAAGAAGAUAGUGAAGAAAUCCAAACAAUAAGAAAGUGGAUUAAAUGCGCUUCCGGCAAUAAAUACAGAAUGGGUAAUUUAUUUAUUGUCGGACCAACAAAAACAGGCAAGACAGAAUUUGCCAUUCAAGAAAUCUUUAUGAAAUAUAAUACAUUUCUUUUAAGAGGAGAUUCAUUAUUUGAUUCUUAUGAUGACGAUCAGAACUAUAGAUUUAUUAUUUUCGAUGACAUUAAUUAUGAUAAAAAUCUAGUACGUUUAAUAAAAGCUAUUACAUCUUCAAUAAAUAAAAAAACCAUGGUAAACGUCAAAUAUUCAAAAGCCAUAGUAACUGCUCGCCCGUGCAUACAUCUACUUAAUCAAAAAGAAUAUGAAGGAAUUCUUAAUUUGAUGAAAUAUAAUGGGGGUUACAGUUGGUGGAGAAGAAAUUCACUAACAGUUUUUAUCGAUGACAAACUUUAUAAAGAUCCAAAUGAAUCUGAAAAUAAUUCAAAAGAUAUGAGCCAAGAAGAGAAGGAUUAUGAUCCCCAAAAAGAUUUAGAUGAAAAGUAUGAAGAAGUGAAAGACGACAAUAGUGAAGAUUAUCAAAGUAUUAUUGAAGAAUCACUUCAACAUGUAAAAUUUGAAACGAGACUUACAAACUUCAUGCAAGAUUUGGGAUAUGAUGAUACGUUUUUAGAAGAAUUAACAGAAAAGAUAAAAGACGCAAAAAAGAACAAUGCCAAAUUAAAGAAAACACUUAAUCAUUUGGAAGAUGAUAAUGAAAGCUUAAUGGAAGAGUGGGAAGACGAUUUAAAUAAUUACCAAAACAAUAAUCCAUUAGGCAUGACAGAAGAAAAUUACAGACGAUUUGAAAACGACACAAUGUCUAAGUUUGAAAGGGAUAGACUAGAUUACUUCAAUAAUAAAGAACAAGAUGAUUAUGAUGAAGAAGAAGACGAUGAAGAAGAAGACUAUAGUGAUGAACCAAUGGAACAUCAACCAUUUGGAGGAAACGGAAAUGAUCCAGACAUAAUUUAUGAUUAA